GCGAAACGUCAAAAUGGCGCCCGUGUGAGCGACGCUUAAGAGAAGCCAGAGCUAUUUCGAACAUAUCUCUAGACAUAAAAGAAAGUUUGGAUAGGAAAUAAAGAUGUUGCUAACUUCAGACUCACGGGCGCCUCUGAAAGAGGUUGGCCGCGUGCAAUUCGGUAUUUUAAGUCCAGAUGAAAUACGCCGAAUGUCAGUAACUGAAGGGGGUAUAAAGUAUCCAGAAACGCAAGAGGGUGGAAAACCGAAAUUGGGCGGAUUAAUGGACCCAAGACAAGGGGUUAUUGACCGCAGUUCUAGGUGUCAAACAUGUGCCGGCAACAUGACAGAAUGCCCUGGACAUUUUGGUCAUAUUAACUUGGCUAAGCCCGUAUUUCAUGUUGGGUUUUUAGCGAAAACUAAAAAGAUUCUUAGCUGCGUUUGCUACUACUGUUCUCGCCUACUUAUAGAUCCAGAACACGUGAAGAUUAAAGAUGCCAUCUCAAAGACAAGAGGGAAUCCAAGAAGAAGAUUGGGAUAUGUUUAUGAUCUUUGCAAAGGAAAGCAUGUAUGUGAAGAAAGUGAUACAACAGAUAAUAAAGAGGAAGAUGAUAUGAAUUUGGAUAAGCCUGUGCAUAAAGGCUGUGGCCGAAAUCAGCCUACAAUAAGACGACAGGGCUUGGAGUUAACGGCCGAAUGGAAGCAUCCUAGCGAAGAGAAUCAAGAACGCAAAAUACAACUCACACCUGAAAGAGUGUACGAAAUAUUCAAACGUAUUUCUGAUGAAGCCAUAAUCGCUAUUGGAAUGGAUCCAGUAUAUGCAAGGCCCGAUUGGAUGAUUGUAACUGUUCUUCCAGUUCCACCACUAGCUGUAAGACCUGCCGUUGUGAUGUAUGGCUCCGCAAGAAAUCAAGACGAUUUAACUCACAAAUUAGCUGAUAUUAUUAAAUCAAAUAAUCAACUUGAUAGAAAUGAAAAAAAUGGAGCAGCACCUCAUAUUCUAGCCGAGGAUGUGAAAAUGUUACAGUUUCAUGUUGCCACAAUGGUUGAUAACGAAAUGCCUGGUUUGCCUAGAGCUAUUCAGAAGUCAGGUAGACCUUUAAAAUCUGUAAAGCAGAGACUAAAAGGAAAAGAAGGAAGAAUUCGAGGAAACUUGAUGGGAAAAAGGUGUGAUUUUUCUGCCAGAACAGUUAUCACACCAGAUCCCAAUCUUCGCAUCGAUCAGGUUGGAGUUCCUCGGUCGAUUGCCCAAAAUUUAACUUAUCCUGAAAUUGUUACUCCCUUCAAUAUGAAUCGAUUGACAGAGUUGGUCAGAAGAGGGGCUAAUCAAUAUCCAGGAGCCAAGUAUAUCAUUAGAGAUAAUGGUGAAAGAAUUGAUUUACGGUAUCAUCCGAAAGCUAGUGAUUUACAUUUGCAGGUUGGGUAUAAGGUUGAAAGACAUAUGCAAGAUAAUGAUCUCAUCAUUUUCAAUCGACAACCGACCUUGCAUAAAAUGUCUAUGAUGUGUCAUAAAGCUAAAAUUCUGCCUUGGUCAACGUUUAGAUUAAACUUGAGUGUAACAACGCCUUAUAACGCUGAUUUUGAUGGUGAUGAAAUGAACUUACAUCUUGCUCAAAGUCUUGAAACACGAGCUGAAAUUGAAACGCUAGCUUCAGUUCCAAGAAUGAUUGUAACUCCACAAGCUAACAGACCAGUCAUGGGUAUUGUACAGGACACUUUAACUGCUGUUCGAAAAAUGACAAAACGCGAUGUUUUUUUGGAUAGGGCUGAAAUGAUGAAUUUGCUUAUGUUUUUACCCAUUUGGGACGGAAAAAUGCCUCAACCAACCAUUUUGAAACCUAAGCCUUUGUGGACGGGAAAGCAACUUUUUUCACUUAUUAUACCCGGUCGGGUCAACUGUAUUAGAACUCAUUCAGCACAUCCGGAUGAAGAAGAUUCGGGGCCCUACAAGUGGAUAUCACCUGGAGAUACAAAGGUUUUGGUGUUGGAUGGUCAACUAAUUUCUGGUAUUUUAUGCAAACGUUCUUUGGGUACUUCUUCUGGAUCAAUUAUGCACGUUGUGUUCGUUGAACAAGGUUUUGAACAGGCCGGUCUUUUCUACGGACAUAUUCAAACAGUUGUCAAUAAUUGGCUGCUUAUAGAAGGACAUAGUAUUGGUAUAGGUGAUACCAUUGCCGAUCCUCAAACAUAUGCUGAUAUACAAAAUACGAUUAAAAAGGCUAAGCUUGACGUCAUUGAAGUCAUAGAAAAAGCUCACAACGAUGAUUUGAUACCAACUCCAGGAAAUACACUCAGACAAACAUUUGAAAAUCAAGUAAACUCAAUUCUAAACGAUGCUCGAGAUAAAACCGGUUCCAGUGCCCAAAAAUCCCUAUCCGAGUUUAAUAAUUUCAAAUCUAUGGUAGUAGCUGGAUCAAAAGGUUCCAAAAUUAAUAUCUCUCAGGUCAUUGCUUGUGUGGGACAACAAAACGUUGAGGGAAAGCGUAUUCCAUUCGGAUUUCGGCAUAGAACUUUACCACAUUUUGUAAAAGAUGAUUAUGGUUCAGAAUCUCGUGGUUUCGUGGAAAACUCUUACCUGGCCGGAUUAACGCCAUCUGAAUUUUACUUUCACGCUAUGGGUGGUCGAGAAGGUCUGAUCGAUACUGCAGUCAAAACAGCAGAGACAGGCUAUAUUCAGAGAAGGCUCAUAAAGAGUAUGGAGAGUGUAAUGAUCAAAUAUGAUAGUACAGUAAGAAAUCAAAUGGAGCAGGUUAUUCAGUUGAGGUAUGGUGAAGAUGGUUUAGCGGGAGAAUUGGUUGAAUUUCAAACUCUUCCAACCAUCAAACCUUCUGACCUGACUUUUGAAAAACGCUUCAAGCUUGACCCAACGAACGAGAGAGCCUUAAGAAAAUGGCUUCACGAAGAUGUUAUUAAAGAUCUUUUGAGCGAUGCUCAUGCCUUAUCAGAAUUGGAAAAUGAAUGGAGACAACUAUGCGAAGAUCGAGAACUUAUUCGCAGUACUAUUUUCCCAAAUGGAGAAUCAAAAGUGGUCUUACCUUGUAAUUUAGAAAGAAUGAUUAGCAAUGCGCAAAAAAUCUUUCGUGUAAAUUUACGAAAGCCGUCAAGCUUACACCCUCUUCGAAUUAUUGAACAAGUUAAGAGUUUGAGUUCAAAAUUUACCAUCGUUAAAGGAGAAGAUCGAAUUUCCAAACAAGCUAAUGAAAAUGCCACGAUUUUAAUGAAUGUUCUUGUUAGAUCGACACUUUGCUCUCGGAAAGUUAUUGAAGAGUAUAGAUUGAAUGAUGACGCAUUUGAUUGGCUAAUAGGAGAAAUCGAAGCUAGAUUUCAGCAAGCUCAAGUUCAACCUGGAGAAAUGGUUGGGGCUCUUGCUGCGCAAUCUUUAGGAGAACCCGCCACUCAAAUGACACUCAAUACUUUCCAUUAUGCUGGUGUAUCUGCCAAAAACGUAACGCUUGGUGUUCCACGUUUGAAAGAAAUAAUAAACAUUUCUAAAAAGCCUAAGACGCCAUCGUUAACUGUGUACCUCUUGGGCAAAGCAACACACGAUUGUGAAAAAGCAAAAGAUAUUCUCUGCAGACUGGAACAUUGUACUCUGAGAAAGGUGACUGCUAAUACAGCUAUCUACUACGAUCCUAGGCCUCAGCAUAACACAGUAAUUCCUGAAGAUCAGGAUUGGGUUAACAUUUACUAUGAAAUGCCUGAUUUUGAUCCUAACCGUAUUUCGCCAUGGCUCCUUAGGAUCGAGCUUGAUUUGAAGCGUAUGACAGAUAAAAAGCUAACUAUGGAGCAGAUUAGUGAAAAAAUUACUGCCGGCUUUGGAGACGAUUUAAACUGCAUCUUUAAUGAUGAUAAUAGUGAAAAGCUAGUUUUAAGAAUUCGAAUUAUGAAUUCCGAUGCUGGAAAGCAAGAAGACGAGCAAAUCGAUAAGAUGACUGAUGAUAUGUUUUUGAGGUGUAUAGAAGCCAAUAUGUUGACGGAUAUGACACUGCAAGGCAUAGAGCAAAUUAGUAAAGUUUAUAUGCAUCAGCCCUCAACUGAUGAUAAAAAGAAAAUCAUUAUCACACCUGAAGGUGAAUUUAAGGCUAUUGCUGAAUGGAUUUUAGAAACAGAUGGAACAGCACUUAUGAAAGUUCUAAGUGAGAAAGAUGUUGAUCCAAGAAAAACAACUUCUAACGAUAUCGUGGAAAUAUUUUCUGCUCUUGGAAUCGAGGCUGUGAGGAAAGCUAUCGAAAAAGAAUUGCACGAUGUUAUUUCGUUUGACGGUUCUUAUGUAAAUUAUAGACACUUGUCCCUACUUUGUGAUAUUAUGACUGCCAAGGGACAUUUAAUGGCCAUUACAAGACAUGGAAUCAAUAGACAAGAGACUGGAGCUUUAGCUCGUUGCUCCUUUGAAGAAACCGUUGAUAUCUUGAUGGAAGCUGCAGCUCAUGCCGAAGUUGACCCGAUGAAGGGUGUGUCAGAGAACAUUAUGUUAGGUCAGUUAGGAAAACUUGGAACAGGUGCUUUCGACUUGCUUCUGGAUCCUGAAAAGUGUAAACAUGGUAUGGAAAUUCCAAUGGCAGGUGGUAUGAUGGGACCUGCUGGAGGGUUAUUUUUCGAUUCCGCUGCAAGCCCAACAAAUAUUGGAACACCAGCAGCUAGAUGGAGUAUGGAAACUUCACCAGCCUAUAAUGCUGUUUGGUCUCCAUCUGGAACUGGCAUGACUCCAGGAGCUGCCGCUUUCUCUCCUUCUGAUAGUGGUUUUUCACCCGGUUUCUCACCAGCUUGGUCACCAAAUCCUGGAUCGCCACAUUCGCCAGCAAGCCCAUUGUAUGUACCCGAUCAGAGUCCAAGCUACAGCCCAGCAAGUCCAGCUUAUAUGCCAUCUUCUCCAAGAACACCUCAAAGUCCUGGGUAUAGUCCAACGUCGCCUAGCUAUAGCCCAACAUCUCCCAGCUAUAGUCCAACAUCUCCAAGCUAUAGCCCUUCAUCACCAAGCUAUAGCCCAACCUCACCAAGCUAUAGUCCAACUUCACCAAGCUAUAGCCCAACGUCUCCAAGCUAUAGCCCUACAUCUCCGAGCUAUAGCCCAACGUCACCAAGUUAUAGUCCAACUUCUCCGAGCUACAGUCCAACAUCUCCAAGCUAUAGCCCGACAUCUCCAAGCUAUAGCCCUACUUCACCAAGCUAUAGCCCAACGUCGCCAAGUUACAGUCCAACUUCUCCGAGCUAUAGUCCAACGUCUCCGAGCUAUAGCCCAACAUCGCCAAGUUAUAGUCCAACAUCGCCAAGUUAUAGCCCAACGUCGCCAAGUUAUAGCCCAAGUUCACCAAACUAUAGCCCAACAUCUCCAAGCUACAGUCCGACUUCGCCAAGUUAUAGUCCGACUUCUCCCAGCUAUAGUCCAACGUCACCAAGCUAUAGCCCCACGUCCCCAAGUUAUAGUCCAACAUCUCCCAGUUACAGUCCGAGCUCUCCUAACUACAGCCCAACUUCUCCAAGUUAUUCACCAUCUUCACCCAGCUAUAGUCCUUCUCAUAAGGACUAAACAUUCAAUUUAUGGACAGGAAUUCCGGAAUUAAAUGUACCAUUUGAACGUUUAUUCAGACAUAUGCAUAUAUAUAUAUAUAUAUAUAUA